AUGACGGUCGUGGGAAGAAAUUCGCACCACUUAUACGCUGCCGACUUCAUUGAAGGAAAAGGAGAAGGACAGAUCAUCCUCUUGCAUGGACCCCCAGGUGAUCCGAUCCGCUCUCAAAAGCCCAUUGUUGAUAUACGCGCAGAGACUGUUGCAGAGUUUACAGAGAGACCUUUGCUGUCGCUGUCUGUUAGCGAUGUAGGCACUACACCACAAUUCGUCGAGAACAAUCUCAAAUUCUGGAUGAAAAAAGCACGUCGAUGGGGUGCUAUCCUUCUCAUCGACGAGGCGGAUGUCUACUUGGAAGAGCGCACAGCGCAAGAUUUUCAAUGCAAUAGUCUGGUGUCAGUCUUCUUAAACAAUUUGGAAUAUUACCAAGGGAUUUUGUUCCUCACGACGAACCGUGUUGGUGUUAUGUGGUACCCCGGAUUUGACGAUCAAAUACGUGUCAAAGUCUGGAAUUCAAUGAUUGCGCGACUGCAACGAGACCGCAAGGACAUCAGCAUUCCAUAUGUUUUGACCAAGUAUAUUGAGAAAGAUGAAGAUUUACAAAGAGUUGAAUGGAAUGGGCGCGAAAUUCGGAAUGUCCCCGCUAAUGUAUUUGAUUACGGCCUUUCAAACAGUUGUGCAUUAGCAGAGUAUCAGGCUUCGGAGGAGAAGUCUACAGAGAUAGAACUCAAGAUCGAUUACUUGGAUAAAGUGGUCAAGAUGUCGAGACGAUUUAAGAAAUAUCUCUCGGAAAUGCCGGACGGCAAUAUUGCAAAAAAAGCGUGGCAAUACGGUAAAAGGAAUGAUAGGUUUAAAGAUACUUAA